CCCAGAGCUGCCCGGUGGCCGCGUCAGGGCAAUGGCCCUCCGUCUGGUCUCCGACUUCGAUCUCGGGAAGGACGUGCUCCCGUGGCUGCGGGCACAGCGGGCGGCGUUAGUGGCCGCUGGGGCCGGAGGCGGCGGCCCAGGUGUUUUAGAAAACAAUUAUGAGAGCUUACGUGUACUAAAUGUUGAAAGAAAUGGAAAUAUUAUUUAUACCUAUAAGGAUGAUAAGGGAAAUGUCUUCUUUGGAUUGUAUGAUUACCAAACCAAACAAAAUGAGCAUCUCUAUACAUUUGAGAAAGACUUGCAAGUUGUCAGUUGCUCGGUCAACAGGGAGAGAACUUUGUUGGCCACAAGUUUAGUUCAAGCUGCUAAAGAAGGAAGAAGGAAUGAGCUUCAACCAGGUUCAAGGUGCUUAACUUUGUUGGUCGAGAUCCACCCCAUUAACAAUGUGAAGGUUCUAAAAGCAGUGGAUAGCUAUAUUUGGGUACAGUUCCUCUACCCACAUGUUGAAAGUCACCCUCUACCAGAGAAUCAUCUGCUACUGAUUUCAGAAGAGAAAUAUAUUGAACAACUUCAUAUCCAAGUUACCCGAGAAGAUGGAAAUAGAGUGGUAAUUAAAAAUUCUGGCCAUCUCCCAAGAGAGAGAGUAGCCGAAGAUUUUGUUUGGGCUCAGUGGGAUAUGUCAGAGCAGAGAUUAUACUACAUUGAUCUGAAGAAAUCGAGGAGUGUCUUAAAAUGCAUCCAGUUUUAUGCUGAUGAGCACUUUAGCUUAAUGUUUGAAGCACCCUUGGACGUAUCAUUAAGUGAUUCAGGAUUCAAACUUGUCAACUUUGGAUAUGAUGAUCUUCAAGACCAAGAGAAAUUAUCCAAACACCCAACCUUGUGUGUUUUUACCAACCAUACAGGAAGUUUGUGUGUAUGUUACUGCCCGAACUUUGACUCUUGGGAACAAAUCACGUAUUCAGUGCUUUACUUUCAUAAAGGGCACAGCAAGACCUUCACUGCUACUCUUGGGCGUGUUGACUCACGUGUGACAAAGGGCAUUACUUUUCUCAGCCUUGACUAUUAUGUGGCUGUUUACUUACCUGGUCAUUUCUUUCAUCUACUUAACAUUCAACAUCCAGACCUGAUCUGUCACAGUCUGUUUCUGACAGGAAACAGUGAAGUGAUUGAUAUGCUACCUCAUAGUCCUUUACAGUCACUGUCAGGACCCCUGGUCCUGGAUUGGUGUUCCGGAAAGCUCUAUAGGGCGCUCCUCAAUCAGUCAUACUUAUUGGAGUUCCUGUGGAACACCCGGCUGGACUGCGAGAAGCUGGCCUUGUUGCACUGUGUGCUCUCAUGUGGCCGAGACCCACGGCGACUGGAAGCCAAGAUUAUUCAAUGGAUUUCUGAGAACAUCUCUGCCUGCCAUUCAUUUGACCUCAUUCAGGAAUUUAUAAUUGCUUCUUCAUAUUGGAGCAUCUAUCCAGAGACAAGUAACAUGGAUAAACUCUUGCCAUACUCCUCACUGCUCACUUGGGAUACAGAAAUUCCUGGAAUAACCCUUGUGACAGAAGAGAUUCCGUUGCCUCUUAUGAAGGUGCAUAGCUUUAAGGGCUACUGGGAAAAACUGAACUCCAACCUGGAAUAUGUUAAGUACUCCAAGCCACACUUACACUAUAACAACAGCGUGGUCAGGAGAGAGUGGCACAGCCUGAUCUCGGAAGAGAAAAAAGGAAAAAGAAGGUCCACGGUGUAUGUGAGAAAUAUUCUUGAUAAUGCAAUAAAGGUGAUUUCUAACCUAGAAGCAAGGAAUUUGGAGCCAAGAUUAACACCCCUCUUCCAGGAGGAAGACAACCACCAGCGGCUGCUUAUGGGGCUGAUGGUGUCUGAGCUAAAAGACCAUCUUUUGAGACAUCUACAGGGUGUAGAAAAGAAGAAAAUUGAACAGAUGGUUCUGGACUAUGUUUCAAAACUGCUGGAUCUCAUUUGCCAAAUACUGGAAGCCAGUUGGAGGAAACAUAAUCUUCACCCCUGGGUUCUCCACUUCAAUAGACGGGCGAGUGCUGCUGAAUUUGCGGUCUUCCACAUCAUGACCAGGAUUUUGGAAGCUACUAACAGUUUGUUUUUACCUCUGCCUCCUGGUUUUCACACUCUGCACACGAUCCUUGGCGUCCACUGUCUGCCUUUGCAUAACCUGCUGCAUUACAUUGAUAAUGGAGUGUUGCUUCUCACAGAAACAGCUGUCACAAGGCUCAUGAAAGAUCUGGACAAUACAGAGAAAAAUGAAAAAGUAAAGUUCAGCAUCAUUGUGCGGCUUCCUCCGCUUACAGGUCAGAAGAUCUGUCGACUUUGGGAUCAUCCUGUGAGUUCUAACAUUAUUUCCCGGAACCAUGUAAAGCGACUGCUUCAGAACUAUAACAAACAGCCCCGGAGUUCUAUGAUGGACAAGUCAUCAUUCAGUGUAGAAUUUCUGCCUCUGAACUACUUCAUUGAAAUACUGACAGAUAUUGAGUCCUCCAAUCCAGCUCUGUAUGCUUUUGAAGGACAUGACAAUGUGGACGCAAAAUUUGUAGAGGAAGCAGCUCUGAAACACACCACAAUGCUUUUAGGCUUAUAAAAGAGAAAAUGCAGUUAUAUCAGCUUCCAGUAUUUUUAUCUUGCUCGUUAGCUCUACUUCCGUUGAGAAUUCUUUAGCAAUAUUUUAAACUGGUAACCAAAAUCAGAAUACAU